GCUAGAACAAAGUUCACACUUGUUUCCGUUUCCAACGUCUCGAUUUUCCCGUUGAAUCGCUCCGUGCUCCCCCUCCCACAUCGAGCGCGUAGAUGCUUAAUCCCACAAAAUUUUCAGAAUUUUCCGAGGAUUUUGCUGUGAUAUUUUCUUAAUGCCUGGUUGGAUCGAUCGGAUAGCUUCGUUUCUCCUUCGAUCGCGGUCUCAGAUGCUUAAUUUUGGUGUUUAAUCUCUAAUUUGAAGGGUUUUGGAGGGGUUCUUGAUUGAAUCGAAAGGUUUCUGUUGGAUCUCUUCGUUUCUGCUUCAGAUCGAGGUCGUAGCUGCUUAAUCCCGCAAUUUUCUGGUAAUUUUGGAGGAUUUUCCAGUGAUUUUUUGCUUUUAACCGGUCGAAUCGAUCCGAUCGGAGGUUUCCCCGCUAUCACGUCCUCUUCUCUUCAGAUCGAGCUCAUAUCGAACGUAUCAGAGCUCUCCCCUUCUGAUACCUUAACCUCCGCCUCAGAUCGAGCUCCUUGUAGCUUAAUCCACACUUUCUUCGAACAUCAGUUUAACCCUAGAGUUCGGAUCGGAAGCGAGACAGGUCGCUUAGGGUUUUGGGAGUAGGGGGAAUGACGUCGGGGACUAGGGUUCCGACGUGGAGGGAGAGGGAGAACAACAAGAGGAGGGAGCGGCGGCGGAGGGCGAUCGCGGCGAAGAUCUACGCGGGGCUGAGGACGUACGGGAACUACAACCUCCCCAAGCACUGCGACAACAACGAGGUGCUCAAAGCCCUCUGCAACGAAGCCGGGUGGACCGUUGAGCCCGAUGGCACCACCUAUCGCACGGGAUGCAAACCUCCCCCAAGCCCUACAGAUGUAGCAGGAGGCGCAGCUUCGCCGAGCCCAUGCUGCUCUUACCAGCCAAGCCCAAUUGCAUCGUACAACCCUAGCCCUGCCUCCUCUUCUUUCCCCAGCCCCAAAUCUUCCCCUUAUAUCACUCAACCCAACAGCUUUCCUGACGUCAACAACUCACUCAUCCCAUGGCUCAAAACCCUCUCCUCCUCCUCAGCCUCCUCCUCUGCCGCAUCUUUCCCGCCACUCCCUCACCUCUACAUCCCUGGCGGCUCCAUCAGUGCCCCUGUGACCCCUCCUCUCAGCUCUCCCACCGCCCGCACCCCCCGUAUGAAAACUGACUGGGAUGAAAGACAUGCCCAGCCAUCAUGGGCCGGGGGUGCGAAUUACACCUCAGUUCCUAAUUCCACUCCAUCAAGCCCCGGCCGCUCUGUCUUUCCUGAUCCUGCAUGGUUUGCAGGGUUCCAAAUCUCAUCCGCCGGUCCAUCAUCUCCCACUCGCAGCCUUGUGGCGUCAAACCCCUUUGGUCUCUUCAAGGAGGCAAUAGUGGCCAGCGCAGGGGUCAGCAGGGGUGCAUCGAGGAUGUGCACCCCCGGGCAGAGCGGCACAUGCUCGCCCGUCAUGCCUGGCGCCCCAAGCUGCGCCGAUGUCCUGAUGCCGGACAUUAGGGUUUCUGACGAGUUCGCGUUUGGGAGCAGCAGCAGUGACACCAAUAGAAUGGCUGGGCCGGUGAAGGCAUGGGAGGGGGAGAGGAUCCAUGAGGAGUGCGGGUCGGACGACCUCGAGCUCACUCUCGGGAACUCGAGUACUCGUGCUGAUGCCUAAUGAAGACUCAGGAUUCCCUGUAUUUUUCCGGAGAUUUCUCUCUAUUGUUCCAUUUUAUUUAUUUCAUUUUAUAGCUUAGAUUGUGCUGCGUGUUGUUCCUCUCUUUCCGUCUCACUAAGUUUUCUAGCCAAUAUGGGAGGUGGAGUGAAUGGGAAACUUGAAUUAUGUUAUGUGCGGAAAAGGAAGACCAAGAGGGGACUGCUUUUUCCUGUGGCAUUCUUUGAAUUGUAGCCUGUGAGCGAGUGAUUUCGGUUAUCAUUAUAUCUUCCCUUGUAAGUUCGCGGAUGGUAACUGAUGAAAACUGUACAUUGUUUUUGUGAUCUUUUUUUUUCUUUAUGCAUUGUUUACAGUUUAGGUU